AUGGAUGACUCUAACGGGGUUGUGUCGGAGAAUGGCGAGCAGAAGAAGCAGCCCUUGCUGUCCCGCUCUCUGACUUCGGAUUCCGUCUCUCCUUCCCUCUCUGCAUCCAAUGGCAGCAUCCUGACGAAUUUCCGUCGGCGGCAUCGACGGCAACGUCCAGAACAAAGUCCCACUACUACUAAUUUUCGAACGUCUGGUUCCAGCGCAGAGUCCUGCUGUUCCGAUGACGAUGACGAUGAGCGGCAACGUUUGCUACACGAGUGCAGCUAUAGUGUGGUGGAGAAUGGGAGUUCCGACACCGACGGCGGUCCGUCCAAUACCAGUUUGGGGUAUCUAUCUGCUCAAAGUGGUGAGCUUUAUCCAUCUUCCCAGCAGCUAGUAGAGUCGCAUCCCAGCAGCAGUCUUCGUCGCAGUAGCAAAAGUCGGAACAGUAUUCAAUUCGAACUGCAAAGGACACUGGUCAAGGCCAAAUCUCUUCGACGAGAUUCGUCGCUGCAGCUGGCGCAGAUACUCAAGGAUGAGUUUACCGUCAACAAACUGCAGUUUUGGACACUGGGGCUCUAUGGGAGAGACUCGGAGAUUCAAACACUCCUGGCAUGUAUGGGGCGAGUGUUGGAGGCCAAUAAUCAAAAUCAGACGACAAACAAGCGAGAGUUGGUCCUCGUCAAGGGAAUGAGUGGAUGUGGAAAAAGUCGGCUCGUCGACGAUGCGCUGAAAGACGCUGCCAAAAAGCGAGGCGCCGUCUACAUGAGUGGCAAAUUUGACAUGAACAAUCAACAAAACAACAACAAUGAACCGUACUCUGCCAUUGCAGCUGCUUGUGGGGAGCUCUGUGGGGUAAUACUGGAGCAAAGUGGUAAUGAGCAACACAACAACAACAACAACAACAACAACAAUCAGAAUCCGUCCUUUUGCCAACGAGUGCGCGACACAUUACUGAAGGAGCUAGCACCGGAUCAAGUGCAGAUAUUGGUCAGAACCUUUCCCAUUCUGGAAGAAAUUUUGGGAUGUCAAAUGGCUCCUGGGAGUACCGGUACUAAUACUAGUACCAGCAGUAGUGUGGAUUCCACCAUCUCACACCACCACGAUGCGGAUGACAAGACCAUUGACAGUGGCCGCAGCAUGGACCAUCCUCCACGUUGUCAAAGAACCCGAAAAGCAGGAGGUGAAGCCAGAAAGAAUCGAUUCAAUUUUGCCUUUCGAAAGUUUCUAAGAACUGUGGGAACAUUCUUCUCGGGCGUUGUAUUUGUACUGGAUGACCUCCAAUGGAUAGACAUGGCGUCUCUCGAGCUAUUUGAAGUGAUUCUCACCGAUAAAGAGAACCAAACCUUGCUACCCAUUGGGUGUUUUCGCUCCAACGAAGUAGACGAGGAUCACAUCCUCAGUACAACAAUCCUGCGAAAUCUUAGCAGCAAGAACCAUGACAAGGAAGACGAGAAACGGGACGAAAACUUUGAGAGUAUCCACGUUACUGAAAUCAACCUCGGCAAUCUUACCCUCGGGCAAGUCGACGAGAUGCUGGUGGAUUUACUUUCCGUAUCAGGGACCGAAGCUCUGAGUUUGGCUCGCAUUUGUCAUAAAAAGACACUGGGGAAUCCAUUCUUUCUGAAAGCAUUCCUCAAGUUGUUACACGAUAAUUCACUGCUACAAUUCAAUUUGGGAUUGAUGAAAUGGCAUUGGGAUGAAUCGGAAAUCGAGGCCAGAACACAAAUUGCCGGGAAUAUUGUCGAUUUGAUGACGCGACAGAUGGAGGAACUGCCAGAAAUAGUCAGAACAUUCUUUGUCAUUGCGGCUUGUCUAGGGGCCACAAUCUGCAGGACGGCACUGCUAGCUGUUUGGAACAACAUCGAGGACGUACCAGAGGAUAAAAAGACAUCGCUCUAUGAAAUUCUCGCUUAUGCAAUGGACGAAGGUUUCUUGGAUAAAGUCGGAGAGAAAUCAGAAGAUCUUCGCUGGACGCACGACCAACUUCAAUCGAUGGCAUUUUCUCUCGUACCGCCAGACAGUCUGAGCUCGUUGCAAUCGAGUAUUGGGGAGGCGCUGAUCUCGAACUUGCAGGGAAGAGACUACGAAUCCAAUAUAUUCACUGCUGUCAAGCUUAUGAAUCAAGGACCAAAGCCCCAGGACGCGGACGAGUGCGCUCGUCUCGCAAGGCUCAAUCUACAAGCGGCAGAGCGGGCUGUUGAUCUAUCGGCCAUUUCCAGUGCAGAAAAAUACGCUUUGGAUGGCAUUCGAUUUCUGCCGAGCAACAGUUGGGUCACCGAUUUUGAAGUGACUCUUCAACUGUAUUCGACAGCCGCAGAAACAUCGGGAUAUCUUGGUCACCUGGAAACCAUGCAAGAGAAUUGUGAUGUCGUGCUUGCUCAAAAAGGCUGUCAUCUUUCACAAAAGUUAAGGGUCUACAACGUGUUGCUUGACAGCUUUGCAAACCGAGGCCGUUUGCCGGAUGCUCAUCUUCUGUGUCAAGACGUGCUUCACAACUUGGGUUGUGAGUUUGUCAAACACCCACUACUCCGAGCAAUUCAGGCAAAAUUGGGACUGCGAAAACUGAAGAAGUCCAUGAGCGCCCGCACUCAACUGAGACUGUCAAGGUCGAAAACCAUGACAGAUCCUUUGAGGAUCGAGAUGAUCGGCCUCUUGGAGAAGCUCGCCACGUAUUCGUAUUUGAUGGCAGACUGGAGUUUGUACGUGUUGGUUGUGCUUCGAGAAGUGGAAUGGACAGAUCGCUAUGGCAUAUGCGAGACGGCAUCGCAUGCAUUUGGUUGUGCUGGGCUUGUUCUCAGCGCUCUUGUUGGCGAUUUCAAGCGUGGUUCGGUCUAUGGGGAACAUGCAAUCCGCGUAAUCGAAGCGUACCCUUCAAAAAGGCUGGAAUCACAAUGUACCAUGGUAGUGUACACGUUCAUUUUGCAUUGGACGAAACACUCCCACCAAGUUCUGGAGCCUUUAAUUAAAGGGGGUUAUGAAACAGGGAUGGCGUCUGGAGAGAUUGAAUAUGCCAUGUACUCGAUCUUUGCUUAUCUUGGGACAGCCUUGCAAACCGGUCGCCCGCUGGAAUCAUUGGAAGCCGAUUGUCGCACUUACUGUUCGCAGAUGCGCCAGUAUAAACGAAUGUUCACCCUUGGCAACUGCGGCGUUGUUUGGCAGGUUGCUCUCAACUUGAUGGGACGUUCGGCUGAUCCUGGCAUCCUCACUGGCGAGGCAAUGGAUGAAGAGAACUUUCGAAGCAGCGCAGUUCCUUUUCAAUUGGCGCUACUUCGCGGAUACGCGGCGCAGCUCUACGCCAUGUUCGGAUUGCACGAGAAAGGAGCGAGCAUGUCGUUUGAUGGCGGUCCUCAAAUAAGCAAUGCUUAUCCGGGUUCAAUCUUGGUACCAAUGGACACGUACUACAGAGGACUCUCGUUGUUUGUCAUGGCUCGGCGGACGAAAAAGCGCCGCUACUUGAAGCACGCAAAGAAGUCUUUGGCUCUCAUUAAGAAAUGGGUUCGAAAGGGGAAUCCGAACUUGAGGCACUACGAGGCGCUCCUUGAAGCUGAACUUGCAGCUUGCCAAGGGAAAUCGCAUAUGGCGUGCGCUCAUUACAAAAUUGCCAUCUCCUUGUCAAGGGGGUAUAUUCAGGAUACAGCUUUGGCCCAUGAACGGUAUGGCGAGUACAUGGUCAACUCUGAUACACAAGAGGCAGAGUUCCGGAUUGGCGAGGCGAUCCGCUGUUACAGAGAGUGGGGCGCCCAUGGGAAGGUUAUCCAGUUGCGAGAGAGGUUUUCAGACCUGAGCCUCGCUUAG